CUUCCGGACUAAUGCGUAGUGUGUGAGAUUUAGAAGGGAUCGUGUGAUGACGCCAGCCCUAUAUCUCACACGUGUGUAACAUACCAGGGGCGGCAUCUUGAAGUCCAUUCAAACAUGCACUCGCAGGCAAGGGCCAACUCGUGAUCCAAACCGUCGGAUUGUAUUGCCACGUCAUCGAUCCGCGAUUAAGUCAGAUCGGACGGCUGCGGGAGCCUGUUGAGCGAUAACCGUGGCGGUCUGUAGCGUUUCUGGAAUUGCAGGAUGAAGGCCGCUGAUGGUAAAGAAGAGGAACCAGUUAAGGUUUCUAAUGGCUAUGGGGAUUUCGAAAACGAGGAUGAUGAUGAUGUUGAAGAGAUUGUUGAGGUAAAAGAUGAUGAUGAUGAUGAUGACGAUGAUGAUGUUGAUGAUCAUGAUGGUGGAGAUGAUGAUGAUGGUGAUGGAGGUGACGACGAUGACGAUGAUGAGGAUGAGGAAGGAGAUGAAGAGGAAGAUGACCCUUUGCCAUCUGUUCCUCCUGCUGCUCCCUCUCAGGUUCAGUCAAUAGAAGAUGAUGGCGAUAGUGAUGAUGAUGAUGAUGAUGAUGAUGACGAUGACGACGACGACGACGACGACGAUGACAAUGACGACGACGAUGAUGAUGGAGAGGAGGAAGAGGAAGAAUUGGGGACCGAGUAUCUUGUUAGGCCGGUGGGGCGUGCAGAAGAUGAGGAGGAUGCCAGUGAUUUCGAGCCUGGAGAAGGGAAUGAUGAGGAAGAAGAUGAUGUAGAUGAAGAAGAUGACGGCGAUGAUGGUGGUGACCAAGUUGGAGUUGCAGGGAAAGGAGAGAAGAGGAAGAGGCCCGGAGAUGAAGAUGACUCUGAGGAUGAGGAUGAAGACAGGCCACCAAAGCGAUAGCCAUAUCUCUCACACACACACCCAUGGUCAUGCUUGGGUUGUUUUCUGUUUUCUUUUUUUUUUCCUGUUUUUUGGUCUAGUCCAGACUGGCCUUCCUCAUGGCCACCCUCUCUCUCUAAUCUCGACUUGAUGGUGCAAUACAGAUAGGAAGUUGGGCGAGUGUGGAAACAGUACAAGGUUGGUAUUUGAAAAGGCUUUUGGGUUUUCUUUCUUCUGCUUUUGUUCUUCAAAAUUUUCGAGUUGUUUAACAGUAAUCUUUGUAACAUUUUCCACUACUGCUUUUUCUAUGAAUUUCAGAGUUAUUUGAGUCCAAA